AAGACACAGUUGACUACAGAUUUCAGGUUCUUGAUGUUUCAGUACGGACGCGUGUAUCCUCAUCAAGCAAGUGAUAUUACUUAGCACAAGCAGCUGUAUCGAGGCGUUUCACUGUAAGGAAAAGGAAGUUGAAUCUUGUCGUCUUUCCCAAGCCGACAACAGGGAUCGCUUUGGAGUUUGAGGUAUACUUGCACGUACACCCUCCAAGACAAUUUGAGAAUACGAUCCACCAACACUGAAAGUCAGUUAUGUGGAAAGGCAUUCCGGAGUGUCCCCAGUAAAGUCCUCUGUUAAUAAAUAUGACGACCAGCGCUGCUGAGGCCUUGUUUGGGCUGGAUUUACCAUUCUCUGAAGACUCCAACAGCUCAGCUUUUGACAUCCCGUCUUUGGGCAUCGAGGCUGAGGAUCUGUCCAGCUUACUGACCCAGUUUGAAGAAGCAUCACAGUCUUUAGAUGGUACAGCGACUCCUCCAGAAACUGAACCGGAGCCAGAGAAACCAGCCCCACCAGUCAUCAAGACUAAACCUGCCCAGAUUAAGGCACAAGAAUGCACAAGUCCAGCUAUAACUCCACCAGCCACGCCACCGCCGGAGGUGCUAGCCAGAAUCCGGGCCAAGAGGAAACGGAAAUUAGCUAUCAUGCUACCGACCCUUCUGCCAGUCAAGCUUAAGGGGCAGUCGCCUGGUAAAACUCCAAAUGGAGGCUCACAGGCUGAACUGAACAAUAACACUACUACCUCCGAGACAAUUUCAAGUAUACCAUCAGGUUCGACUUCAUUGAAACCUGAUGUUAACAGUGACUACUUUGAACAUAUAUUUGAUCAUGACUACUGUGUGAACUCUCCGAUUAUGUCUCCGAAACGAGACAAAGUUGACCAAGACAAGUCGGACUCCCAGUCGAGUGGCUACAUCUCCCCGGACAUUCUAGUGAAUGUAGAUGAACACGUGAAUGAAGUGAUCAUUGAUGCUGGGGACACUGGCGAAUUGAACAGCAAUGUAGUCGGGAGUCAAUCAGUGGACUUGGAGGAUGGUGAAGUGGUCGAAGACCCAGCAGUCACCCCGACAGAACUUAAAAAAUCAUCAGACUCUAGAAUAAAAAAGAGACAAACAGUGUCCAAAACGAGUAUCAGAUCAAGAAGAAAUUAUAGAAAACGUGGGAGCCCUGGUCGUGACACUGAUCGUUACUUUGACAAAAUUCCUGCAUAUUUCACAACGUUAUCCAAGCCAGUCAAACCACCAAAGAAGGAUAAGCAGCCAGAGCAACAGAGUGGUAUACGAAGGGAGGACUUCAUAGCUAGGGACUCGUCGCCGUCUAGAAACGAACCUGGUGUGUUUGACAAGCUUCCUGCUUAUUACAGUUGUUUUACAAACAGUACUCGAUAUGACCAGGGCGAGCAUGAGACUUAUGACUUGGAGGACUUGGAUGCUUACCCAUGUGCCAAGAAACCCAGGAAACAGAGCUCAUCUGUGUCACGUUCUAGGUCAAGGUCAUAUUCUAGAUCCAGGUCAAGGUCAUAUUCAAGGUCUAGGUCUAGGUCAAGGUCAUAUUCAAGAUCAAGGUCAAGACAUCGUUCUUGUCGCCGAAGGCGUUCAUACUCAUCAGCAUCUGGGUCCUCGAGUAGUUCAAGCAGGUCACGGUCACGGUCCAGGUCCAGGUCAAAGUCAUAUUCACGUUCUAGGUCCAGGUCCAGGUCCAGGUCUCAUUCUCCUUCUAGUUCCAGGUCAAGACCAAGGUCACAUUCUUCUUAUCGAUCAUACAGGUCUCGUUCAAGAUCUAGGGGUCGUUCCCGCUCAAGGUCUCGUGGCCGAAAUAGCAGCUGGGCAAGGUCCCGUUCACGGUCAAGGUCGUUUGAAAGAAGGCGUUUGGCACGUCAGAGCAAGAGGGAAGAAGAGAAAAAUAAGCAGAUUGAGGAGAGGCGGAUUGUGUACGUGGGGAAGAUACCCGAAGGCUACACACGGAGGGAACUGAGGAAGAGGUUUGGGAGGUUCGGAGAUAUUGAGGACGUCAGUGUCCACUUCAGGGAAUAUGGUGACAAUUACGGGUUUGUGACCUUCAACUACACGUGUGAUGCCUACGCUGCAAUAGAACAAGGCAAUCUCAUUCCUGGAGAGAAGUCCUUCGACUUGUGUUUUGGUGGGAGGCGCCAGUUCUGUGAUACAGACUAUGCUGACUUAGAUGGCAAUGCAGAAGCGGUCGAGGAGUUUGCCCCCUUGCCCAGCGAAGGGCCGCUGGACUUUGAUCAGCUGCUGAAACAAGCUCAGUCCAAAAUUAAAAGGAAGAGGUGAUGACCGAGGCCUGUGUGCUGUGAUGGAAGAAUGUGUGAUGACGUGCUGUGCUAGGACACUGCCUUUCUGUGAUUUCAACUUGGAUAUUUUGAGUCCCUUCAUUUGUGAAGCCGCAAAUACUCGGAAGUUAAGCCAUUUUGGACGCCCAGUGUAAAUGCUGCUGACACUUUAGAGCCUUGUUUUGUGUUCCCUGAACAUAGUGAAAACAAAACACAUUAGAAAUAAAAUAUUCUUUUUGACAUGUACAAAACCAGUUAAGAGAGGCAUUAUAUUUGAAUGAUUAUGUAGAGAUUUUGCCAAUGGAAUUUAUUAAUAUUUUGUGGAAUAUUUUCCCUUCGUUGAUUCAUGCUGCUGAGGCAGCCAAUCAGGUUGACUUUUGGACAUGACGUAAGGAUUUGUAAGCUAUAAUAUAGUUUCAAAUUACAGUUUGGUUUAUUAUGCACUUGUUGGAAUUUUUCAUGUCUUUCAUUUGAAGUUUGUAUGAUAUGUUUGGGUGGUGAAAGUCUAUAAGAAUUGUUUUUGUACGUGUUUGUUAUCGGGUGAAAUGCGUGAGAUCCUUUUUGAAGUUUGAUUAUUUGUUUACUGUUUAUUUGCAUGGUUGAUAGACAUGUUUGGAAGAACAUGAGUCUCUGAAAUUUGGGAUGGCUCUCAUUUGAAAGCAAAGAAUCCUUUUUUCAAAAUGUAUUGAAUGAAAUUAAGACUUAAAUGUGUUAUUCUUAGUUUUAGAAAUGUUUCACAUUUUAAGGUUGUCAUCUUGAGUGACAAAUAUUGUGAUUAUCUAGGGAACUACUUGAAGUAACAAUAGGUGGUCACCAAUUUGACAAUAACAUGCAGUAGUUGAGGUGUGUAGAGAAUGAUGAAGAGCUGAUUUGUAGAGUUGUAGGCCUGUUGGAAUGGUUAUGUGCUAGAUGAACAUCAUGUUUGGAAUUAUCUUGCAGUUAUUUUUGUUGAUUUAUUUUGUAAAUUAAGUUCUUCAAAUCUUCAAAUUUUAUGUUUGAACUGGUUUUGAUUUAUCAUAAUUUGCUUUUAGUUUGAGGAAAGAAAAUAACUUUGCUGUAAGAGGAUUAGCACUAUUAUCCUUAUCUUCACUGAGCGCUCUAAGACUUUGCUUCUUGUAAUUAGAAAUGAUACUAACAUUUUCGGUAUGCCAUAAUAUUGCCCUUGCAUAGGGCCUCGCAGUCUAAUGGAUGUCUGCAUGAAGAGCAAAAGAUAAUAUAAAAAAAGAAAGAUGGUACUUGUUGUUACCCUGGCUGGCGCUUGCCAAUAAAGGGAUAAAACCAGGCCUGGUCGGCUCGGAGUCAAUAUAUUGUGUCUGAGUGGAGUAUCCAUGUUAUACUGUGGCAUGGUAUCUCAGUGGGCUGGCACUAUAAAAUCACUGGUACAAGAAGCCACACAUACACAACCAUGCACGUCGCUAUGUAAGUGGAAUAAUCGUUAAACCCCAUUUCCCCUCGCCUCAUACAGGACAGAGGACCCUAGGACCUAAUGCUUGUCACUGUUGUAUUGCCAGAGAUCUCACUUCCCUGUGCAUGAUCCUGAAGGUGACCUCUGAGUUUAAACACACCCAGGUAGUUCAUGCUGUCUAUCAAACAAUGGUUUGUCUGGUCCAAAAUCUGUUAUUUCCGUUGAUGACCAGCUGAAAUAUUGCUGUAUAUGGGCUAAAAUUUCUCACUCUACAUAUUGUUUGUGCUACAUUGUUGGUGCUAGAGUCUGACGCUGCUACAUGUCAAAUAGGAUUUGAAUGUAGUCCAUAUAUUUGUAUGAAGGUCGCUUAUGUACACGUGGCAGUUAACUAAUGGUAUUUAAAGAAUGUACUGGAUCAUGCUUGCUUGUAGGUGUGUAUGGUACUAUGGAUGUAACAUGUCUAUUUUGUACUCGGUAUUUAUUGGGAACACUUGUUUCAUUGGGAUCUCAGCAUAAUUUGCUAUAGUUUCAAGAAGUUGGAGUAUCCGGGUAAGAAUACGUCUUCAGCAACCCAUGCUUGCUAUAACUGUAAGAGGCGACUAACGAGAUCGGGUGAUCAGGCUCCCUGACUUGGUUGAUGCAUGUAGAUCGAUGCUCAUGACAUCAGACUCUGGGUUGCCUGGUCCAGACUCGAAUAUUUACAAACCUCGGUCAUAUAGCUGGAAUAUUGCUGAGUGCUGCAUUAAAAAAAACAACUUAGUAAGGAUAAGACAUAUGGAUGAAUAACUUCUUUAUUACAAUUAGGAGCAACGUUUCAAUGUAGGUUCUAACAUUGUUAUCAAGCAAGUGAAGUGUUAGAACCUACAUGGAAUUGUCGCUCCUAGAUGUAAUGAAGUUGAUCAUCCAUAUAUAUCUUAUCCUCAGUUCCGGCAAUGUGUUUGUGUGGUGGGGAAUAUCAUGAACACAUUUAGGUGUAUUCAGACAUUUAGAUUCGCACACUGUAGCUUUGGCUUGUGUAUUACCAUGGUAACCAUGCUCUCAUACCUGGAUUAUUUCUCAUGGCAUGAGUGAUGAGGAAACUGGAUGAGAUGUGUGAAGUCCACAAUGUUUGUCCUUGUGACCUGUAACAGAGUUCAGUUACACCAUAAUUCAUGGUACAACUUUACUGAAAUACCAAUUUGAGGUUUAAGUCCUUUGUGAAGAAUUUUAUUUGUAGCAAAAGUCAGUGCUAUUUAUAAUGUUAAACUCAAGAUAUGCACAGGACAGCUUCAGGCUAUUUUGAAUUUCCUGUGCUUCCUUAUUCCCAGACAAAAAUUCACGUGGUCAGAUUUAAUCACUGACCAGCGGUCAACAUCAAACAAUCCGAUGCAGUAUUUUGAAGCAUAAAUGCACAAUGUAAUCAGGUUGCACUUGUUCCCAGUGGGAGUCCUCGUGUAAUUGGGCAGUGUAUUAUGUUUAUUUUGAUAAAUAAAAUUAUUGCUGUA